UUGUUGUUUGUAGAGAAGAAACGCAUGGUGUUCUUAGGCCACCGGCAAGUACGGCGUGUGUUUCUGCUCUGUGAACACUUAUUUAAAUUCAAAAAUUGGGGUGUUUUUUAAAUAAAUUUAUAGCCAUAAAAUGGACGGAAUUAAGGUGGAACAAGCUGAAGAGCCAGAACCUCAAGCCACAGCAGGAGGUAAAGAAAGAUUAAUUGAAGUGAAUUCGCCAAAACCAAUCAAAUUGGAAGUUAGGGUGCGCAUCCCGAUAAAAGAACAUCCAAAGUUUAACUUUGUUGGGAAACUUCUUGGACCAAGAGGAAAUUCACUAAAGAGAAUGCAGGAGGAGACAAAAACCAGAAUAUCUAUCCUAGGAAAAGGCUCUAUGAGAGAUAAACAGAAGGAGGAAGAACUGAGGAAUGAAGGAAACCCCAAAUAUUCACACUUGCAUGAUGAGUUACAUGUACAUAUUGAGGCCUACGCACAAGUAGUGGAGGCAUACCAGAGAAUGGCCACUGCCCUUGGAGAAAUACAGUACCACCUUGUACCUGACAACAACGAUGAUAUUAGGAUGCAUCAGAUCCAAGAACUUGCGAUGAUCAAAGGAACAUUCCCUGAACCACAGAUGGGGGGUAGGGGCCGAAGAGGUGGGCUUCCACUUCGAGGGGGUCCACCACCAAGAGGAAGGGGACUACCACCUCGAGGUGGCCCAGCAUUGAGGGGUCCAGUAAGAGGAGGACCAAGAGGAGGAUUGAGGGGAGCAGCACCGGCAGGUCGAGGUGCAUUGAGGGGCGGUCCGUCAAGAGGUGCAGCUAGAGGAGGGUACGGAGGCCAAGGAGGAUAUCAAGCCUCAGUUGGCGCAAAUGAUUAUUAUGAAUAUGGACAGCAGUAUGACCAAUCAUAUGAUGAAGGAUACAACACACAAGGCAAUGAUGGAUUUGGUUAUGAGGACUACAACAGCGGUGGUAUGCUAAGCAGUGGUGAUGGAUUUGGGACCACCUCCUAUGGUAACUGGCCCUACUAAGUGGCGAUGACAGUUGGGGACAAUCCUCCUUGCAAGCGAAGGCUCCCGCCCAGAAGACGAACGCAAGGGCUCAUCCAUACACUAGGUAGGCUGGCCAUUCUGCAUCCAACUUGGCUUGGGACAUAAACCCAUUACACUGACCAUCAGAUAAGCUAUUUAUUGUAGUAAUUGAAUUCUCACACCAAAAAAUUGAUGUGGAAUUGUUGGGUUCCCAUUAAGAUAACUACAUCAUGUCUCGGUCAAGUUGUUGAUUGCUUGUGCUGUGCCUUCUACAUGGCAUACCCCCUCUGUUUCUUUUUUUUUUGUGGUUCCCCAUGCUAUAACUUAAAUUUAAAAAAUACUAAAAAAAAUUAAAAAGAAUGAAGUUAAAAUAAAAAGCCUUAAAAGUUUGUCUUAAAAUGAUUGUUCUUAUCAGUGUUGGAAUGGAGCAAAGUAAUACUUAAAAUAGUCAUUAAAAUAAAAUGUUAAAGUUUGAUAAAGUAAAUCAUUAAUGAAUCUAUGUGUAUUCUCUGGUGUUACAACAAGUUACUUAGAUAAGGACAUUAAUUAGCUAAGAAUUUUAAUUAGGUAAGAUUGUUAAUAAUUAAGAUUGUUAAUAAUUAGAUAAGAUCAUUGUUGUAAGUUGUGAUGGUGUAGUUUCAACAGAUAAAUGUAUAAAUCGAAGGUAGAUGAUACUGAUAAUAAUGACAAUAAGAUAACCAUGUAAACCUGAUAUAUUUUACCUCGAUUUUUUGUUUCUAUUAUGCAUUAAAUUGAAUAGUAAAUGUACAUGUAAUAAAUAUAAUAAGCAGCAUCACAAUUAAAGAGUAAGACUAGGAUGUUAAUUUUUCUGGUUUAAUAAUUAAAACAACAUUGUUCAUGAUAUAACUAAAAAUAUAUUAAACUGUGAAAGGCUUGUUCCAAAAGAAAAUAAUAAGAUUUCAUCCGUCAUCGGUGUUGUAGGUACAACUCUAAAAUCUAUAUAUCUAACGACUAAUUAUCAAUAACAUUUUAAACACUUGAAUUGUUAAAAUACUGUUUAGGCUUAUUAUAAUAUGACCAUGUUAAUGCAAGCAUGUCCACAUUGUUAUGAGCUAAUAGAAAGAUAAAUGCUUCAAGUAAAAGCCAUUUUUUUUAUAUUUAAUAUUAAUGUUCAUUUAGAAAGCCUCUUAAAUAGCUGGACCUCUUUAGAAUGUGAUUGUUAGGUUUUGCUAAUUAAUUUCAUGUUUUAACCUAGGUAACCAUGUAAAAACAGAAAUGGAAUGUGGGAGAGAAGAACACAAAUAAUGUGUGGUGGAAACAGUCACUUUGAUCUAGAUUUUAACACCCUUUCUAGAUAAAACAAAGUUCUGAAUUAAAAAAAAAAAGACUGUUUGUGAUAAAAUACAUACCUUACAUUGGUAAAUUGUUUCUCUACUUAAUGUUUAAAUUACAUCACACAAUAUCCCAUAAUAUUGUCUAAGUAUGGUAUUGAAACAAUGCCCUGAAGGUGUCAAAUAUGCUAAUGAGUUGCCCUGAAGGUGUCAAAUACGCUAAUGAGUUGCCCUGAAGGUGUCAAUUAAGCAGUGUACUCUGUAUUCCAUUCAGGUUUAAACUUUUUUAAUUGAUUAUUCUAAUAAAGCUUCUACGCCCAACAUAA